UAUUCCAGGAAAAGGCAGACAGCUCUGAGCAGAGCCCAGCAGGGUGAACCACAGACUGGAAAAGAAGCUCAGCAUUCUGUGAAAGGCAGUGAGCUGAUACUGCAAACCAAAACUUUAAUAAGAGAAAAGGAAAAGGAAGAAAGAAAAAGAUCUAUAUGCCUCAGGUUGACCUAUCAGGUUGACCAGAUAAUCACAAAUCCCCAGAAGUAUAACGGGCCCAGACUUUUGGGAAGUGACCACGAGAAAGAACCAGCAAUGGAAAGUGAUUACGAGCCAGAGCCAGCAGAAGUGGAACUGGAAGAAGAAGAGGAACUCAAUAACAGCCUAAACAGACAGUAUGAGGAGAAGGUGCGUCCCUGCAUCGACCUCAUCGACUCCCUGCGGGCUCUGGGUGUGGAACAGGACCUGGCCCUGCCUGCCAUCGCCGUCAUCGGGGACCAGAGCUCGGGCAAGAGCUCGGUGCUGGAGGCCCUGUCGGGGGUGGCCCUGCCUAGGGGCAGUGGGAUUGUGACCCGAUGUCCUCUGGUAUUGAAACUAAAGAAGCUGAUGGGAGAAGAUGCACAAUGGGAAGGCAUUGUCAGCUACCAGGAUUUUGAGAUUGAACUCCAGGAUGCAUCCGAGGUGGAAAAGGAAAUCCGCAAAGCCCAGAACAUCAUAGCUGGGGAAGGCGUAGGUAUCAGUCAUGAACUAAUCAGUCUCCAGGUCUGCUCUCCCUAUGUUCCAGACCUCACACUCAUUGACCUUCCUGGCAUCACCAGGGUGGCCGUGAGUGGCCAGCCAGUGGACAUAGGGUACCAGAUCAAGAGGCUCAUCAAAACAUACAUCUCCAAGGAGCAGACCAUCAUCCUGGUUGUGGUCCCCUGUAACGUGGACAUCGCCACCACUGAAGCGCUGAGCAUGGCCCUGGAGGUGGAUCCUGAGGGAGACAGGACCAUUGGCAUCUUGACCAAGCCGGACCUGGUAGACAAGGGCACCGAGGAAAAGGUGGUGGAUGUGGUUCACAACCUUGUGUAUGAACUGAAGAAAGGCUACCUGAUUGUCAAGUGCCGGGGCCAGCAGGACAUUCAGAACCAGCUGAGCCUAGCCGAGGCACUGCAGAAGGAGGAACAGUUCUUCCAGGACCACCCGCAUUUCAGGAAUCUGCUGGAGGAGGGCCUGGCCACUGUUCCCUGCCUUGCAGAAAAGCUGUCUAUGGAGCUCAACAACCACAUCUGUAAAUCCAUGCCCCUGCUGGAGAGCCAGAUCAAAGAAAAACAUGAGGAAAUCAGUGAGGAGCUACGGAAGUGCGGCACUGCUGUCCCGGAGGACCAGAGUGAGAAGACAUUGUUUCUCAUCGAAAAACUCAGCACUUUCAAUCAGGAGAUCCAAAAACUGGUGGAAGGUGAAGAAGAAGUAACGGAUGUACGCAGUGGGCGGCUCUUCACUAAGGUCCGGAACCGCUUUAACGAAUGGAACUUGCUGAUUGAAAAGAAUUUCAAGACAAGCCACAUUGAGUUGCAGAAAAAAGUCAACUUAUUCGAGAACUUAUAUCGAGGCCGCGAGCUGCCCGGGUUUGUCAACUAUAAGACCUUUGAGAUCAUCAUCAGGGAGCAGAUCCGCCAACUGGAGGAGCCCGCUCUGAAGAUGUUGCAGGAGAUCACCGAGAUGGUCCGAACCUCCUUUGUCAAUAUUGCUACGAAGAAUUUUGAGGAACUUUUCAACCUUCUCAAAACCAGCAAGGUCAAGCUGGAGGACCUGAAGGUGGAGCAGGAGGAAGAGGCAAAGAGGAUAAUCCAGCUGCACUUCCAGAUGGAGCAAAUCGUCUACUGCCAGGACCACGUGUAUCGGGGUACCCUGCGCAACAUCCGCAAGGAGGAGGAGGAGAACAGGGGUGGGCAGUCACACCACAUGUCCCAGACCCCCACCAAGUUCAAGAACUUAGUCUCUGCGUCCCCCACGGCAUCUAUGGACGAGAUUAUUGAGCACUUGAGCGCCUACCAAGAGGAGGUCAGCCGGCGCCUGUGCAACCACAUCCCACUGAUCAUCCAGUUCUUCAUGCUGUGGACGCUGGCGCGACACCUGCGCGAUGCCAUGCUGCAGCUCCUGCAGGACAAGGAAGGCUGCAACAACCUCCUGCUGGAGCGCCCCUCCACCAGUAACAAGCGCAAGGUCCUGAAGGAGCAGCUGGCUAGGCUCACCAAGGCUCGCCACCGCGUGUCCCAGUUCUCAGCAUAGGGCCCAGCCCCAGCCAGGCACAGCGGGUUGCCAGCCUCACUCCCAGCCACCUGGGCUCAAUCCCUGCUACCCUCCUGGCAUCCCCAAGUUCA